UUGCGAACCCGUUUGAGGGCGAAUUCCCCUUCGCAAUGUGCGGUUUACCCGCGUUUUUGAGCGGGCACAUAUUCGACCACCUCCCCGCGCGUCGGCCACCAUCGACGGACCCGGCGGCCCCGCCCCCCUCUCCGUGACGGACAGCGGGGACGGAGGCGGUGGGCGGGGCCGCCGCCGCUGCCGCCGCCGCCGCCGCCAGAGGUACGGGGGCGUUCUCGUCCGGCUGCGGAACGCUUCGCUGCGGCGAACGUGCGAUCGAGAGGUCCCCGGAGCUGAGUGUGCCCGCUCGGGGCCCGGAGCUCACGGCGCCAAGGAGAGGCCGGAGUAGGGUGACAUGCCAUUGGCCGCUGGGGGGGCAGCUGUCCUCUCCGUAACCUGCUCAUCCUCUGACGCUUAGGGAAUAGGAGCACGUGCCCCUUCCCGACCCCCACCGCAGUCUCCGCUGGAGCCAUUUGUGCCAAAGCUGAAUCGGGCCGGCAGAGCAAAGAUGGGCAGCCCGUGCUGUGAGGUGGGUCCGGCCGGAGAAGCGGAGCCGGCCCUGGAACCUCUGUGUCCCGAGUGUGGCCAGAUCCACCGCACCAGGGAGAACCACCUGUACAACUACCGUCUGGAAGUAGACGAUGACUUGGUGUGCCACAUCUGCCUGCAGCCCCUGGUCCAGCCGCUCGACACACCGUGUGGCCACACCUUCUGUGCCCGCUGCCUUCGCAGCUUCCUCCAGGAGAGGGACUUCUGCCCGCUGGACAGGACGCGGCUCCAGCUGCAGGCGUGUCGUAGGUCCAGCAUCCUGGUUCACAAGCUGCUGGACAAGCUGUCUGUGUCCUGCCCCUUAACCCCCGCCUGCUCCCUCAGCAUGCCUCGCUGUGACCUGGAGGCCCACCUAAAGCACAGGUGCCCUGGGAUGCGGUCCCAGCAGACAAGCGUGGAUGGCCCACGGUGCGAGAGUGGGGACGAGCGAGCUACGGCGACCAGCCCGCCCCGGUCACCGCACUCCCCACAGACGGACCUGAGGGAGAUCACCCCGUCGCCACACUCCAACCCCUCUACAGCGCGCACCGGUGGCCCUAUAUGGACAGAGGAGCCAGGCCUGGACAACCCGGCCUUCGAGGAAAGCACUGAGGAAGACAGUGUGGUAGGGUUGGAGUGUGUUGUGCCUCGGGUUAAGCGGCCCCUCAGUAAUCCCUGCAUCCACCUCCUGCGCUCUGUUAGCUCAACCUCCUCUGGCUGGGAUUGCCCCGAGUCGCCGCCUCUCUCCGCUGAAGAAGGUUGCGUGAAGUUGCCGUCCCUCCCCGAGGGGGAGAUAACCACCAUAGAGGUCCACCGCGCCAAUCCUUACGUCGAGCUGGGCAUCAGCAUCGUUGGGGGAAACGAGACGCCGCUCAUAAACGUCGUCAUUCAGGAAGUCUACCGGGACGGAGUCAUUGCACGAGACGGGAGGCUCCUAGCUGGAGACCAGAUACUGCAGGUGAACAACGUGGACAUCAGCAACGUGCCCCACAGCUUCGCCCGCUCCACGCUGGCGCGUCCCUGCACCACCCUGCAGCUGACCGUGCUCCGGGAGCGCCGCUGCGCCUCCCGGGCGCCUCCGUCCUCUUCCUCUUCCUCCUCCACCCCGGUGGUGCCCCAUGCCCCCUGCUCCACCCCCGAGGGCACCCCGUCCAGCCCCGCCAGCCUGAGGAUCACCCUCCAUAAACGGGACUCCACGGAGCAGCUCGGCAUCAAGCUGGUACGGAGGACGGAUGAGGCGGGGGUGUUCGUGUUGGACCUGCUGGAGGGAGGCCUGGCGGCCAAGGACGGGAGGCUGUGCAGCAACGACCGCGUGCUGGCGGUCAAUGACCAGGACCUGCGCCACGGCACCCCCGAACAGGCCGCUCAGAUCAUACAGGCCAGCGGAGAGAGAGUCCAUCUGUUGAUCGGCCGGCCCAGCAAGCCGACUCCUCCACCGCCACCUAAGUCGACCUCCACCAGAGACCUCUACUGCCUUGACCACUUCCUGCCCAACCACAGCUCCUCCCCCAGCCCUGUGCCCGUGCACCUGUCCCGCACCAGCACCCACAGAGACCUCGCCCAGUGCAUGACCUGUAAAGAGAAACACAUCACUGUGAAGAAGGAGCCCCACGAGUCCCUGGGCAUGACUGUAGCCGGGGGGCGGGGCAGCAAGAGCGGCGAGCUGCCAAUCUUCGUGACCAGCGUCCAGCCGCAUGGCUGUUUGUCAAGGGACGGACGAAUCAAACGAGGCGACGUACUGCUGAGCAUCAACGGGCAGGACCUGACCUACCUGAGCCAUAGUGAGGCGGUAGGCACCUUGAAGGCCAGCGCCGCCUCGCCCUCGGUCCAGCUGCGGGCCCUGGAGGUCAGCAUGGUGGAGGAGCACGGCCAGGACCAGCUGCUCCCUCACACCCACGACAGCGACUACGACGCCAGCUGGUCCCCCUCCUGGGUCAUGUGGCUGGGCCUGCCCAGCUACCUCCACAGUAGCCAUGAGAUUGUACUGCGCAGAAGCCACCCCGGCAGCUGGGGUUUCAGCAUCGUCGGAGGAUACGAGGAAAACCACAGCAACCAGGCGUUCUUCAUCAAAACCAUCGUGCUCGGAACGCCCGCCUACUAUGACGGCCGCCUCAAGUGCGGCGACAUGAUCGUAGCGGUCAAUGGACUGUCGACGGCAGGAAUGAGCCACUCGGCCUUGGUACCUAUGCUGAAAGAACAACGUAGCCGGGUGGCUCUCACUGUGGUCUCUUGGCCUGGAAGCCUAGCAUAGCCGGGCCGGAGUCCAAGGCACGCUGAGCAGAGCUGCACGACAUCAGUCCCGGUCCAACCAGAGCGCUCUGUAUCGGGAACAACCCUCGGCCAACACGAACUGGUACAUGCUAUAAUCACUCCAUACUUGGUUUAGCCAGGACCAAAAUCAUUCAGGACUUGGGAGGGAGGAGGAAGACCCAGCAGGACACGCCUGUCCUGACCAGAUGGGAACUGGUCCAGAUUGUGCCACGUCACUCGAAAAGACUGCACUCACAUGCACUGCUGUGUUCAUAUGUCCAUGUUGUCUUCACUCCCAAACAGGGAGGAUUGGUACUGUAAAAACUGUAGCAGACUAGUAUCUGGGCUGUAGUCACCUCACCGGGCUGUAGUAGACUCCAGGGCUGUAUUCAGGUGGGCGCAACGUAGAAAUCGGGAUCAUUCGUAGUCCGUGAUCCUCUGCCGUGUAGCAUCGUUAUAUAAUCACUUAGGAGCGUUUCAUCUGCAAUACCUAACGUUGUAUCCAGCUGAAUAAGCCCCCGGCCUUAUUAGAAACCUGCCACUCCCUGGGGGCGCCGCCGCCGCCGCCCGCCCACAGGCCUCACCACCAUGACAGACAGCCAGCCGACCACUCCGCUGGAGUUUUAUACAUGUGUGAAUGUGUGUUAGUUUGUUUAAUAAAGAG